AUGUCAGAUUUAAUGCAAACUAUAAAAAAUGAUUUAUUUAUAACUCUACCAGAAAAUGGAGAUGUACGAGUCAACAAUUGGCCUUUAAUGAAAAGCGUUGUUCCAACAGUUGUUAUUAUCAUUGCCUAUGUACUUUUUAUUAUUUUUGGACAAAGAUGGAUGAAAAAUAAAAGACCUUUUGAAUUACGUGAAUUUAUGUUUAUUUACAAUGUUGUACAGGUUAUUUUUUGUACUUAUAUAACAUAUCAAGCAACUUAUGUAUGGAUCAAAGAAAGAUAUAGCUUUCUUUGUCAACCUAUUGAUUUUUCGGAGAGUCCUACUGCUAUGAUAGCCUGUAAAGCAUGUUGGUGGUUUUAUAUUAUGAAAUUAAUCGAUCUGAUUGAUACAAUUCUAUUUGUACUAAGAAAGAAAGAUGGUCAAAUAACAUUUUUACAUGUUUAUCAUCAUAUUACAAUGACAUUUUGUGGAUGGAGUGGUUCUAAAUAUGUGGGCGGCGGUCAAUCUCUUUUUGUUAUAAUUAUCAACUCGUUCAUUCAUGUUCUUAUGUAUGGCUAUUAUGGAUUAAGUGCUUGUGGACCUAAAAUUCAAAAAUUUCUUUGGUGGAAACAUUAUAUAACACAAGCUCAAAUGCUUCAAUUUGUUGCUAUUAUUAUUCAUUCGAUCAUUAAUUUACAACAACAAUGUAACUUUCCAAAAAUCUUUGAUGUAGCAUUUUUAAUUUAUGGAAUAACAAUUCUUAUGCUUUUUUCGAAUUUUUAUUUACAAAAUUAUAUACUAAAGAAAAAACGACGUGGAAAAGAAUUAUAG